AUGUCUUCAGGACCUGUUCGAACGAAUCGAAAGGAUAAAUCAGUGCACAAAAACAAGCCAUAUGAUAGAAUUACAGAGUCUUCGCCAUUGAAAUCACCACAAACACCCUCGAAAUCGAUCGUGCAACGCGCAAAAGAAUGGCUGACACCUUCUUCUUGGAAAAAGACAAUUGCCUUUUUAAGUAAGAUCCCGUCUGAAGAAUCGGAAGACGAAGAGCGAGGCUUAAUGACCGAUAGCAGCGAGGAAAUUAAGUCAGAAGAUCGUUCCUUUCAAAAGCAGCCUCGAACACUCGAAUCUCCAAAGACUCCUGCUGUCCCCCGUGGUAGCUCAUUACCUCCAAUUUCCAAUCAAGAUUCACCAAACCAGCUUUUAGCUAUGUUUUUUUCAAACAAGGGAAAACAGCCCCUAAAUGAGGUGGAACGCGAAGGAGUCAUGAGCCUUUUGUCUAGAAAUGGUUCUCCUACUUCAACAACCCAUCAUUCUCCUUCCGUCCCUUCCCAACAAUUUAGCACUCCCAAAUACGCUGAUCCUCAUCGUGCUGUUUCAAGUGAGUCUCGCAUUCAAACCUCAAGCUCUUUUCACCCUAGCCCUAAUUCUUCUAGGCAAUGGCCUGCUUUCCGUUCUACUUUCUCUCCGGUUCUCGGGCAUUCGAAACCUCUUAAUGUAUCAGGAAAUUCGCCGCUUUCAGCUCAAAAAACUAGUUACUAUGGACCUACAAUGUCUACCCCUUUUCGCAAAAACUUACAACGGAAACGUCAUUCCACUACUCCUGUCGGUGCUUCAAAGUUAACUUCUUUGAUUUCGUCUACUACUCCCGACUUUGCUUCAAAGCGUAGCAAGAACGAGUCUUUUAAUGGAAGCUUUACCGCAAAUGAGGAUUCUUUCAGCACCGUCCCCGCUUCUUCCCCUUUUCCUCCUUCGCAAAGCACACCUCAGCAGAAAACACCCAGUCGUACGGCCGCAAACCUAAUGAGCAUUUUAGAAAGUAAAGAAAGUCCAGCCACUAGCUCUCCCAAAGAAAGCAUUGCAAAAACUACGAAAGCUUCUUAUAUCAGUCCCUAUGCGAGACCUGGCGUUACUACUUCCCGUCGCCGUCAUACGCUUGCCAAGGAAGAAGCUCGUCCCUUGAAGACAAUAGAGGAAAAACAGGAAGUACCAGCUGUUGAGGCUCUUGAUAAGUCAUCAAACUUACAAACAUUUAAACCUGACUUUACUCCUCAAUUCCUAAAAGAACCCGCCGUUUCUGAAACCAAAAAGGAACCGGAGUUCACUUCGAAGGAAACCGGCGUUGAUUCUUCAAAGACAACUCCGGUAUUUAAAUUCACUGCCGCAUCUAGUAGUCCCUCAAAUAGCAUUUUCUCCAAGUCAACAAAGCCUACUGAAAAUGUAACAAAAGAACAGCCUACCGUAGCAGCUGAGCAAGAGGAAGCAAUUGAUGUUGACAUGGAGGAGUUGAAGGAAGAACCCAAGAAAGAGAAAAUAAAUAUUUCUUCUCCUAAAAAGCCGUCUGAAAAACAACCGGCUUUGGGGGAAUCUUUUGCAAACCUUUCAAAGUCAAAGCCUCUUACAACUUCGGUAGAAGCUCCUAAAGCUACUGAAUCUCAAGGUUUUUCUUUUGGUUCCCUUGCCAAUAAAUCAGCGUUUACUGGUGGCUCUUCCGUUGAGCAAAAGAAAGAUGAUAAAUCGAGCAUUCCCUCAAUUCCAUCCAUGAGCUUUGCUGCUUCGGCUACCGAUGCAGAUACUGGGGCUUCUGGAUCUAUCAAAGAGCCUAAGCCGUUUUCCUUUGCUGCUCUUACCACGUCCCCAAAGGCGGAUGAGAAGCCGACAGAAAAACCAGCUUUUACCUUUGGAAAUGUUGGUAAAACUCAAGCUGCCAAAGAGCCUAAACCAUUUUCCUUUGCAACUCCUACUGCGUCUCCAAAGGUUGAGGAAACCCCAAAAGAAACUCCUGUUUUUACUUUUGGUAGUACCGGAAGCAACGCCUUUUCUUCCGCCGCUCCUACUCUCGCGCCAAAGGAAGAAGGCGUUUCUGAAGAAGCAAACUUGCCUCAGUUUUCAUUCACUGUUUUGCCGAAGAAGGACAUUCCUGGUGAUACUACAGACGAAAAGGCACUGUCUGUUACAGACGAGGUACCGUCCUUUUCUUUUUCAACUUUAGAAAAGAAAGACGAAUGA